AUGUCGGGAUCCUUUUGGAAGUUCAGCAACGGGUUCACGUCACUUUCGAAUAUCACAACCUUACUUGAAAAUUAUAACCUGAAUCAAGAGCAAAAUGAUACCCUGUCGGUGGAUACAAACAAGGGAGAAGACGAACAACGCGAGGUACUUGUAAAGUUGUUGGAUGAAAAUGAUUUACUACAGGAGCUUUUGUCGAAUAAUCCCAUGUUGUUGGAGUUUUUGAGAAACGAGCAUGUUUUGACUAUGUUGGUGGAUAUUGUCAUAUCCAAUGACUUCGAAGUGCGCGACAUUGAAGACAAGGAAGAAAGGAAAGAAGAUUUAGUGAAAUCAACAAGUAAUAAGGCAGACACACCGAAAGAGGGAAAUGAAAAAGAUUCGUCUAAGAACGAUACAAAGGACGAUGACGAGGAGCCCACCCCCAAAGUCUCUGGUGAUUUUGAUGAUCUGGAUGACCAAGAUGAGGAAGGUGAGGAAGAGCUGCCUGAGGAAAGAUUCAGACGAAGGGCAACGUUGGCAUCAGAAGUUCUUAGCGCUGAUGUGUGGUCCUUGACUGAUACAGUAAUGGAGUCUACUGAAAAUCUCAACAAGUUGUGGAGUGUAUUAGAUACUAAAGAUGCACUAGAUAUUCACGUAUCAACUCACUUUAUGAAAAUUAUGGAGCAUUUACUAGACAUGAAAUGUGACGAAAUGAUAACUUAUCUAAUAGACAAUCAACCAAAUUUAGUGGAAAAAUUCAUCAACCAUUUGUCUAAUCCUCCGUUAAUGGAUUUCUUGUUAAAAUUGAUAUCCACUGACAAACCUGAUAACUCAACAGGUAUAAUAGAAUUUUUGCAAAAUCAAGACCUAAUCACCCAUUUGAUAAAUGCAUUGGACGUGUUAGAUGUUCCUGAAAGUAAUGACGUAGAGGAAGGUGGUAAAAGUCAUGAGUUACUAUUGAUCGAACAGAGUUCAGCCGCGGAUUUUCUCAAAGCCCUAAUAACAAUUUCAGCAAACUCAACCGCCGAUAAUUCAACUAUUGGCCCAAAUGAGCUUACAAGAGAGCUUGUUUCAAAAGAGCAAAUGACAAGGUUGUGUGAAAUCAUGCUUAAAGGUGGGUAUGCCUUGGCUAACGGUGUGGGUAUUAUCAUUGAAAUCAUCAGAAAGAAUAACUCAGACUAUGAUAUUUUACCGGUAUUGUAUAUCACAUUGGAGAGCCAUCCGCCAACUGGAAGAGAUCCAAUCUACCUUGGCCAUUUGUUGAGAGUGUUUGGCGAACGAAUUCUGGAUUUUAAUGAAUUGUUGAUCAAAGAGCACACUGAUUCCAAAUUGAGAACGCCGUUUGGUGUCAUUCAACCAUUGGGGUUUGAACGAUUCAAGAUUUGUGAAUUGAUUGCUGAGUUGUUGCAUUGCUCUAAUAUGGCAUUGUUAAAUGAUAAUAAAGGUUUUGAUGUUGUAAAAGAGCGGGAUGAAUUACGGAAUAAAAUGAAGGAGUACGAUCCAAUCAGUUUUAAGUAUAAUGAGGCUAUUACGUUGCCACAUGAUGACGAUGACAACGAAGCAAAGAAUGACGUUGAUGACACUAGUAACUCAAUCAAGGACGACACCAUUGAUGAAUUUAAUAAACAAGAAGAUGCUCUUGACGAAGAUGAACCACAUGCCAAUUCAAACUUGACUGAGGAACAAAUCAGGGCUAAUCCGGUGGUGGGCGAUUUUUUGAAAAUUGCUUUGUUUGACACCCAAAUCAUUUCUAAUAUUUUAUCCAUGUUUUUCCGUUUCCCUUGGAAUAACUUUUUGCACAAUGUUGUUUUUGAUGUGGUGCAACAAGUCUUGAAUGGGUCUAUGGAUAUUGGAUUCAAUAAAUUUUUGGCAAUUGAUUUGUUUCAUCUGGCUGAUAUCACCAACAAGAUCAUUGAAGGUCAAAGACUAUGUUCUGAUUACGAAACGAGCCAUAAUGGUUUGAGAUUGGGAUUUAUGGGUCAUUUGACUUUAAUCGCGGAAGAGGUUGUUAAGUUUGUUCAAUUGUUUCCGUCCAACACAUUGAGCGAGUACAUUAAUGAAAAGAUUGAGAGUGAUGUAUGGGAAGAUUAUGUCAGUAAUGUUUUGUACGAUACUCGAGAAAAGUAUAAUGCCAUUUUAGGUGGAAAUGAAGAUGAAGAUGACAAGGAUGAAGAGGAGGAUAACACGACUUUUGAUGAAGGGUUAGGUGAAAUUAUUGAGGAGGUAAAGACGGGUUUAGUAUUUCAUGAUGAUGAGGAGAGAGAAGUUGAAGAAUCUCACGAAGAGGAUGCGGGUCGACAUGAGGAAGAAGAAGAAGAGGAGGAGGAUGAGGAGGAGGAGCCAGAAGAGAAAAACGACGCAAAUAAUGCGGGAAGCAAUAAGAAGGAUUUGUUGGAUAGUGACGAGUCAGAAUCUGAUGAAGAUGACCAUUUCUCAAACUACAUGUCACAACAACUUGCCAAUUCCUCAAACACUGCAAAUCAAGAGCGUGAAGAGAGUUCAAGUGAAGAUGAUGAGGAGCAUAUUGUGAAUGAAGACGACGCUGAUGACUAUAUAGAUCCUAAUGACGAUGGUAUGUCUUACAAAAAAUCCAAUCCAUUAUAUGACAGCAAGGGUGAAUUGAAAAAUGCUCAUCCUGAGUUUGAUAAAGAUGUGGUGGAUGAUGAUUCAGAUUCCAGUUCAAACUCAAGCUCAGAUGACGAACUUGACGUCGAUGCCCCUGAAUUGACCAGGUCUGCAAGCAAGAACUAG